AUGCCAGACCACGACCACCCCCCGAUAACCUUCGGCAUCGAACUCGAACUCGUCGCCGUCUGGAACGACGCCCAAUGCGAACCCUGGCAAGCCCUCUACUACGCCCUCCUCGGCGCCAAUAUCCCGAUCAUAGGCGGGGAAGCCGGGCGCGUGGCCGAUCUGACGCUGGCGGAGCAUGGGAAGGAGUAUACGCAUUGGAGGAUUAGUCAGGAUUGUGCGGUGGAGAGUGUGGCGGAGAAGGCGACGUGGCCAGGGGGUUUUGGGUGUGAGAGUGUGGAGUUGAGUAGUCGGAAGUUUUACUUUGGUGAUCGGGAGGAUUGGAGGGGCGAGGUGCAGAGGGUGUUGGACGUGGUGGCCAAGAUUGAGAAUGCGGGAUGUCGGUUCUUGCUGAAUAAAUCCGCGGGGUUCCAUGUCCAUGUUGGACAGCAAGGGAGCAGUUUCUCCCUCCGCACGGCGAAGAAUGUGCUGCAGUUCUGCACGGCGUUUGAACGGCUAUUAGAUGGCAUCCACGCCACGAACCGCAUCCUCUACCCGUCUGAAUUCGAAUUCGACCACUGGCAUAUCCCCCUCUCCUGGUUCCACCAACAUAACCAUACCGCUCUCCCCAACACGAACCUCUACGACUGGCUCCGCGCGAUCGAGGACAUGAAGACUUUUGCCGAAUUGAAGAAGUUCUUCCUUUUGGAUGAGACGUUCGUGGAGGAGUUGGACACUUAUGGCGCCCGGGCUGACUGGCCCAUGACGCACAACAGUGCCGUGAACAUCGAGAAUCUGCAUUCGGGACAUCCGGAGGAGAGGAUUAAGGGGACGGUGGAGUUUCGGCAGCAUGCGGGGACGGUGGAUAUGCUGGCUAUUGUGCAUUGGGUGGAGGUGGUGGUCCGAAUUGUGGAUUUCUGCCGUACAGAGGAUCCGGCGAACUUUGUGGCGUUUUUGGCGCUGGGGAUUGAUAGCUCGUUUGAGCUUGGCGAACUACUGGAUGCCAUUGAUGUUGAGGCCCGGACCGUGCAGUUCUAUGCCCCUAGUACUGCGGGGACGGAUACCACGAUUGGGUUUCUCAAUCAUGGUGGACUGGCUCGGCCGGAUUAUACGGAGGAUGUGGAUGAACUGAUGGAGGUGAAUGAGCGGGAGCAGAAUAUGCGCUUGGAUCGCACGUCGGCUUUCCGCAAUGCUACUAUCGCGGAAAAGAAUUAUGGCUACGGUCCUCAUCUCAUCAUCAGAGAUCAACACCGCGAUGUAGUGGAGCCGGCUAUCACGCGCAUCUACGACCAGAUCGAUAACUCGGUGGAGUGGAAGAAUGUGGAUGAUGAGGUUAUGAUCGGGGAGGGGGAAUGGUGGAUUCGAAGGUGUGUGUGGGUGAGGUUGAGUGGGGUUUUGAGGGCGAGUGAGCAGGGAUUGUUGGAGGAGGAGGAGGUGAGGGGUGCGGAGACGGGGCCGGUGGUUUGGAUUGGGAGGGAGGGGGUGCUGGUUAGGGAGUUGGAGGAAAUGGGGUUGUAUGGACACGAGUCGAGGUAUGAUUAG